AAGCACGCUGCCUCUUGUCAGUACUGUCAAUUUGACAUUUAUCAAAUCGUUACAGAAUUUGAAUUUUGAAUUUUUUCAUAAAAGAAAACAUGGAAGAAUUUUGCCCUAGCGCGGUAAAAUGCGAGAUCAUGGAGUUGCUCCCGUUCUUUUUAGACGUUCCCAUGUAUUGCCCAUUACCUAACAUACCUCCGUCGCGGCUGCUCGCCGAGCUGCAAAUGCCCAUGCAAAAGCGAUUCGAGCAGCUCUCUAAACCCACCAGGAAACGGAGGAUCCUCACCGAACUGAACUCCUUCAUGAGGACCCCCGAUAUCAUAUUGUUCCAGAACUUCCAACCGUACCAAAACUACAAAACCACAUUGACCUUUGUAAACAUCACGCCGAUAUCGAAGCACUUCAAGCUGAAAUUCGAGCUCAAAUCGCCGUUUUUCAAAAUAAUACCGCCUCCCUCAGACCUCGACUUCACCAAAAUCGCCCCCGGCAUCGCCUACGUGGUCACCAUAAUAUUCACCCCGUCCGAAAUGCGCGACUACGUCACUAAAUUAGUCUGCGAAACCGACGACGAAAGUUUCUUCGUCUCCAUAUACGGUCUGGGCAACAGGCCUUUGAUGAAAAUCGCCGACGAGAUCAAGCUGGACGCGACGGCGAUCAGGGUGACGUCGGAAAAGUCGAUAUUGCUGUACAAUUUGGCCGAGCAACAGGGCCAGAUCUGCCUGACGGUGAGCGAGCCGUUCGUCGUGAAGCCGACCAAGUACAUUCUGGAAGGGAAGAAGGUGGUGGAAUUGAAGGUGGCCUGUACGCCGGUGGAGCUGCGCGACUGCGAGGAUCUCAUCCAAUUGAAUUGCUACGACGUGGUGCUGAACGUGCCCGUGUCGUGCGAGGUCCAGGACGCCGACAUAACGAUGAAUUGCAACUCGUUGAACUUCACCGACGUGUACAUGGGCUUGGAAAACUUCAAGGCGGUGACGGUGGAGAACAACAGCCCGUUCACCAUCGAUUUCAGCUGGAAAUUGUUGGAGAGCAAGGCGGAGGACGCCGAAAGGAUCAAGAACAUGCUCGAGAAUUUGAAUAGUUUCACCGAAUACGAGAAGCUCAAGUACAAUCGGCUGCUCUACUACGACAUAGUCAACGUGGAAGGCCACCAGUCGAUACUCGAUUACAAACUGUGCGAGGCCGCCGCGAGUAUAAACGAAGAAUUCAAGUUGAUUUACACGAACGAAGCCUUUUCUAUAUUACCUCUGGAAGGUAAAAUUCUUCCCCAUCAAACGUUCAAAUUCGACAUAAUCUUCGCGCCGAGCGAAAAUAAGGAAUACACGAAUUCCGCCUAUCUCGAUGUAACCGGAAAACAUGAACGUUUCAAGCUCGAUUUCAAAGGCACCGGAAAGGGCCCUUCUGUGAUAUUUAACGUUGACCAGCUGAGCACCGGCACCAUCUUCAUGGAAGCCAAAUACCAAUAUCAAAUCAUCGUUAAAAACGACGGAUUCAUCCCGGCUACGGUGGAAUUUCAAAAAACCACCACCGAAUUCGGGGGAGAGAUCAAAUGCAGCCCUCGAACGCAAUACUUGAGCAAAACGGACGAUUGCAAACCGUUUGUCAUAACGUUUUCCUCAUGCGUGCAAGGACCUUUCAUCGAGCGAGUUUACUUCCAAAUCAAGGAAUGCGAGGAAUUGAUAUAUUUCGUAUUGUUAGGAAACGUAGUAUGCCCUCUACUGGAAAUCGACUCGGAUAAACUCGAUUUUGGCCAAGUGGCGUUCGCGACGGAAGUCACCAAAAGCCUGGUGCUCAAAAACAACUCGCAGGUGCCCAUCGGCUACCAGGUGAAGAUGCUCCAUCUCAACCACGCCGACAUGCUGAUCGAGGGCAAGAAGGAGAUGCGCCAGGACUUCGGCUGGGAGCCGACGGGCGGCGUCGUGGCGCCGUACAAUUCGGCCACCAUCGACGUGAAACUGUUCACCACCGUCAUCGGCGUCGUCAACGAGACGCUGCGCAUCAGCAUGUACGGUACGGACGCGUUCAAAAUCGACGUGCCCUGCUCCUACGAGUGCCUCAUACCGAUGAUCACCUGCGAGCCGGACCUCGUCUACAUCAAGAUCUGCUUCUUGAACUACGAGUACCGCAGGACGUUGACGUUCAAGAACGAGGCCAACUAUCCCGGCACGCUGAAUUAUACGCCCGAAGAGGAACCCAAAAAUAUGCAAAUACGUUUGAGCACCACCGAACUCGUCGUACCGCCGCAAGGUCAGGCUAACAUCGAUUUGGUUAUCGCCACCGACGUGUUGGGUUUCCACGAGUUUCCUUUAAUGUUCACCCUAUUCGGUAUGGUGAAGCCGACGACCUAUUGCAAUUUGACGUGCAACGGUUACGGUCCAGUCGUGUCCUAUCUUCCCGAUGUCAUCCAUUUCGGGCAGGUGCAAUUGCUCACCACGGCCGUUAAGCAAAUGUCUCUGGUCAACGAUUCUCCCAUACCCGCUAAAGUUUAUCUUACAUCGAGCAGUUCCUCGGAAAUCCGAUUGGCUGUAGACGAGCUCAGCUUACUCCCCGAAAGCGAGGUGAAAAUCGACGUGGUGUGCUAUUUGACUGAGGAUGGAAAAAUCGAUUGCCAGUUGUUUGUGGACGUGGAAAACGGCGAGAACAUUGUGAUAAAGGUGACGGCCGAAGGGAUCGGUUAUCCGAUCAAAUGCACGCCGAAAUUGGAGCCGGUGUACGAUUUGGGUUCCCAAUUGACCUAUCUGACUAACCGAUUGCCCAUCACUAUAUCGAAUUUGGGCAGGAAGUACUACAGGAUCUAUUGGUCGCGACGUUGUUUCAUUAAAUCGCUGAAAGAACUGACGGCGGAGUUGGAGGAAACUCAGCUGAGCGAAACCUUUUGGUUCGAACCGCACUACAUAGAAUUAGAAGCUAACGUGACGGAGAUGAUCGACAUUUGCGCUCGUUCGAAAACGGCCCGUUAUCACGAAGAAAUGUUUUACAUGUACGGAACGUUCGAUACCGGUUUCAAAUCGAAUCCCACUCAAACCGUCCUGCCGAUCAUGCAGAUGAUGCUCAAAGUGAAAUUCAUCAUACCGGUGAUAUCGUUCUCAUCCGAGCAUUUGAAGUUCGUCGAAAUGCACGUGCCCAACGUGGACGAUCCCUCUUGUUAUCCGGACGAUGUCGAAACGACUUUCAAGUCGAUCAUCACCCGCGAGGUGAUAAUCAGAAACGAAGUGGAGAUUCCUCUGACGUUGACGAUGCGGACCAGCGAAAAUUUCUACAUCAAACUCUACACGGAAGAAUACGAAGACACCUUCGAAUACACGCUGGACGUCGGCCGGGAAAUCGGCGUCACCGUCGAAUUUCAACCGCAGAUUUAUUCCAAACGCUACGUCAAAUUGCUGGGGAAAUUGAUCGUCAACAUACCGGAGUAUCCCAAAACGGAAUCGAUCUACCUGACCGGAGAGAUAUGCUACCCGACCGUCCAAUUCCUGCCGCAGGAAGUCGACUUCGGCUGCCUCGAGCUCGACUCCUACAGCGUCAAGAGCAUCAUCCUGCAGAACACCACCUUUCUGCCGGUCAAGUUCACCUUGGAGCUGCUGAUGGACUCGUUCCACAUCGAGGAAUUGCAGUUGACGCAAGAGUCCGCCGUGCCGGAGGUUUUGACCAUCGACAACGCUUCGAUCGAAUCGUUUUCGGUCACGCACGGCCCCGCGCCCGACCCGCCCGCCCGGUCUUCGGCCAACAAAGACGACGAGAGGGACCAAGAGGAGCUGGAGCCGCCCGAAGCGGACCUGGAGGACGUCGAAGGCGAGGACGACGUCACCGUGUACGACGUCGAAGGCAGAGAGGACACCGAGCGCACCAAGGACGAGCUAAUCGAAAACGUGACGACCUACAUGGAGGAGACCGAACAGUUUACGACGCGUUCGGAGAUGACGGCGAAAAGCGAGAAUCUAAACUCGAUGAAAAUGACCUACUCGAGCAGAAUGUUGUUCGCAACGCCCGAACCGGUACCGCAAAUAUCCGAGAAACAAGUCAAAGAUGCGACCGUCAACCUCAUAAACACGCUCUUGUACAACACGUACGAAGAACCCUACUCGACCGAACUGACGACGCCGGAUUUCUGGCGCGAGAUGCAGCGCAAAGAGAGCAAACGAACGCACAUGCUGCGCAACAUACUGACCAUCGAACCGUGGGAGGGAUACCUCAAGCCGUACGAGUACUGCUUGGUGAACAUCUACUUCAGCCCGCCGCCCAACACCAUCAUCCAAUGUUCGGCCGUGUGCAAGAUCGAGGGCGGCGAACAGGAGAGGGUCUACUUCAAAGGCAGCUGCUCGUACAUCUACUUCAGGUUCGACAAGAGCUUCAUAGACGUGGGCAGAAAGCUGUUUUGCGAAAUCUUCGAGACGAGCAUCACGCUGACGAACACCGGCUUCAGCAAUUUCCCGGUGAUGGCGCGGUGCGACGACGAGGAGAUAUUCAACGAUAAGAAAAUCAAGGCGAAAUGGUUGAACGUUUCGCCGAAGAGCUAUUUCCUCGAGGUGGGGAAAUCGGUGACGUUCAACAUCAAGUACUUUCCCGGCAUGUCCGGCGCCUUCGAAGAGGACAUCAUCUUCGACGUCUCUUACAUGGACCCCAUAAGGAUACCGAUGAGGGGCUACGGCGUCUGUUCGCAGAUCACCAUCAACCUGCCCAGGCUGCCGUUGCGCAGGCGAUACCUGAAAUUGGGCUAUCGCGGCAUCGCCAACGUCGACGAGAAGUACCUGAUUGCCGAUUUGCCGCCGAAGAGCACCAGGGACGUGAUGAUGUCGGUGUCCACUAAAUUGUCGUUGAUAUCGCGCAACAUCGAUCGGUACGCCGAAUGCCGGUUCGAUGCGAAAUUCACGCGAUUGAAAGAGGAAGAUUGGGAGGUUAUAUUUCGAGAUGAUCCGAUCCCUUCGAAGAAGGACUUGGAACUGGCCGUGGAGCAUACGAUUUUGAACGAGCACCUGUGCAACAACUACGACGAAUUGAAGAAGCACAGCAUCUUCCGCAGGUGUCGGGUGAUACCGGAUUUCAAAGUGCCGCCGUAUAAAUUGGAUUUCGGGAAAGUGGUGAUCGACACGUCGAUGGUGUUUUCGUUGCGCAUCACCAACAUCAGCCCGGAACCCACUUACGUUAAGGUGGUGAAAUCGAGUUAUUCGACCUUGUACGCUUUGGACAUGGUGAUCGACUACAAGCCGACGAUGCUCGGCUACGGCGAGUCGUUUCCCAUGCACGUGAUAUUCAAGCCGAGCUCGAAGAGAGUAACCGACGAGAAAUGCGUGCAGGAAACGUUGGAUUUGGAGGUGUCCCACGGGGCGAUCGUGCCCAUUUUGAUCUCGGCGACCAUUUGCUUUCCGCGGGUGGCGUUCAAGCACAAGAGCAUCGACUUCGGCAUGGUGAAAAUCGGAAACGCCCUGCGGAAAACCGUCAUCAUCGAAAACCUAGGUUCGUUGAGUUGCAAUUGGGACACCGACAUUCGAUCGUUGAACGACAUGAAGCCGUUGUACUACACUAUACCUAAUAAAGGGGAAUUGCCGGCCUUCCAACAAGGUGUUAUGAACAUCUACUUUAUGCCGGAGAAAAGGGGAUUUUACGUGGCGGAGGUCAUUGUGAAUUUGCAGGGCUCGUCCAAACAGGUGAAAAUGAAGCUUUGCGGCGAUGGCGUCCAACCGACCUUGGUGUUCAAAGAUUCCAACGUGAAAUUCGAUCCUUGCACGCCCUACGCCAGCGACACCAUACCGCUCUACAUCCAGAACGUCUCCACGUUUCCCAUCGAAUUUUGCUUCUCCGAUUUCGAACACUCGUACAGCGAGGAGAAAUUGCUGAUCGGCCUGUUCCUGAACUAUUACAAUUUGAAAACGGUGCUGAUACCGGAGAGGAGAUUGGGCGCUGGCAUACCGGAGAUAUUCGUGUUGACCUACGAAAUGCUCGAGGCCGAUUUGAAGGACCUCUAUAAGAACCUGUGCGGCACGGAGAAUCCUCUGGUGGGAGUUACCAAACACGAAAUUAUCGAAUUGAUCAACAGGUACAUAAACAGUAUCAUAGAAAGGACGAUUUUACGGAAUCGAACGGAUAAUACUACGGAUAUGUAUCAGGUGGAUAACAAGCGAAUUGAAGGUUUGGCCAUAAUCGAUCCGGUUGUUUCCGCCGAUGGGUUGUCCAGUAGAAAAGGAAUUGUAAUUGUGUUCCACGGAGCACCCACAACAGACUAUUUGCGUAUCGCAUUUCGCUCUGCCAAAUUUUUAUCGCUAAAAACGACGAGCGUGGACGCUUUGAUCAUGGAACAAUUAGUGAAUAACGACUCGAAAUUCGCGGAAAUCGUUAAUUUCUGCAUCGACGAGGCUCUCAAGGAUUUCCCCGAUACCAUAUCCAUCGAAGAGUUCGAUGACAACUACGAUAUAUUGUACAAAAAAUUGGACGUGCUAUUGAAUAUGAGACACCAGUUGCCGAAGAGAAAAGCGAAAGACGAGGCCCUCUCGAAAAUCGACCUUCCCAGAGAAGUGUUCAACGAUCCCACCAAGAAGAAGAAAACCGAAACGUUUUUGGACUUGAACAUCACCAUUUUCGCCGACAUGUUGAAGUACCAUUUCGAAAAAAAUCCGUGGCCUCUUAUGGUAAUCGAGACCUUGGAUAGCAUCUUCAUCAAACAACCUUUGAUAACUUUGGAAUGCCUCUUACACGGAAUCGGUAAUAUGAAAUACGUUCAAAUAGUAACCAUAACGUUGAGUCUUGAAGAAUACGUCGCCCAAAUGGCCAAAAUAGCUCCCGAACCGGACGAAGAAGAACUAGCAGAAAUUACGCCUCUUCCGGUCGAGAUUAAAAUCAAAAAAACCCCGAAGGGCGGCUCCAAAAAAACCACGGACAGGCAAGAUACAGCUAGUAGAAAAUCGGACGCACUCUCGGAUGAGUCCGAUCACGCCGAAGCCAAACUGGCGAUGAAGGCCGGCCAAAUAAUGCGCGAUCUAUCGCCGGAAUUCGUGCAGAAAUUCCGAAAUUUCGAUCAAUUCGUGCUCGAUCUCACCCAAGUGUGCGAAGUCUGGGACAGGACCCGCUGCGUCCUCACCGAGCAAUCGGACGACCAGGGGAUAUCCAAAGUGAGCAAAAAGCGGACAAAUACGACUUUACUGUCGUUUACGGAAGUGAGCCUUGCAACAGACGUUUCCCAAGUGGGCGUACCGAUAAUGAUAAUACGCAACAUCUUCGGCGAGAGCGAAGAGGAGGAUCUACUAACGGGCCCCAUCAGCCGAGCCAUAUUCAACGAUGAGAAAUUCGAGAGCGCCUUCGACAGCAUCAAAAACGCCAACAGAGAGGAGAUACAAGAGUCCACCUUCAUGUAUUCGGUGAUCAAGAAGAAGAACUCGUACCAGAAGAACCUGUCUAACGUGUUCAAAAUCGUCAACGCCCCGUCGCCGGCCGAUCACAACGUCGACGAGGACUCUCUGGCGGCGUAUCCGGGCGUUUCGAGCGUUUCGUUGGCGCGCCCGCUGAUGGCAGCCAGCGUGGGUUCGAUUAAAUUCAAAAAGAAGAAAUUGAAAGGCACCAGCCAAAUCAAACCGCUGCAUUCCUUCAAAGACGAAGAAGACGUGUUUACGAGCCGCACGGUGAUCGGUCCGGGCGACAUACACAAAUACGAGAUCACCUUCAAUCCGCAGUAUCUCGGCACGUUCAGCCACAAGUACCGCUUGGAGAUCAUCGGCUACAGCCACAACAAUUUCAUCAAGUGCUUGGGCAACGGCCAGCUGCCCUGUCUCGAUUACACGCCGGAGGUGAUGUUCUCGAAGUGCGUCGACGGCAUCGUCGACAAGGAAAUCGACGACAGUUACGUCUACAUCAAGGAAAUGCAACUGUUGCACUUCGGUACCAUCAUCGUAGCGACGCCAAGAACUCCUCCGUACGUGACUCGGAUUACGCUGAAGAACAUAUCCCAGAUACCGUGUUACACCGUCGUGGAGUUGGAGGAAGACUCGCCGUUCCAAAUCAAUUCGAAUAACUUUACGGUGUCUUCGGUCGAUCAGGUGAUACUGGAGUUGUCGUUGCAAGGCAGCCAAGUGGGCAUCGUGGAAUCCGAAUUGUACAUCAGCAUCGAGAACAAUCCCAUGAUAUACAGGUUGAAGUUGUUCGCCGAAGUGGUGAAAAUGGACUUCAACAUAACGCCGAAAUUCCUGAACUUCGACCAGGUGCCGUUGGACCUGUCGUCGAAGCAGCACAUCCGAUUGGUGAAUUCGACGCCGGUGAACCUAAAAUGGCGCUUCGUGCGCAUGGAUUGGGCCACCAGGAUAUACAAGAUAAACAAAUUGCGCGGCGAGACCAAGUUGUUUUCGUCCGAUCGAAUCGAAAUCGAGUACAAGCCGACCAGGGAGGAGAUGUACCAGCCGAGGGCCAUCGAGAUUCAGGUAUUCGAUCCGUUGUGUUGCGAAGAAAUCCCGUUUUUGGUGGAGUACAUCACGUUGCAAUGCAAAGCCGUGGAGUUCCUCGUAAGUUACACCGAACACAUUGACUUGGGCGAAGUGAAAGGUAAAAAGGAGUACAAGCUACCGUUGAAGGUUACCAAUACUGGUAUAACGAACGUACAAAUAAUGUUAGAAAAAAUAUCGAAAACCGUCAAGCAGUUUAGCAACAAGGUGAAGCACCUGUUCCAAUACAACAUGAAUUCGGAGAUUCUGUUGCCCAACAAAAGUUCCUCGAUAAUCAUCAAAUUCAGUCCGACCGAGGAGAUCGAUUUCGAAAAAGUGCCGGUGUUCCUCUGCAAGAUCUUGGAUCCCAACAAGCCGCAGUGCGUGGUCAAAAAGUUCCAACUGCAAUACUCCGGUACCGUGGUACUAUCUAGAUUCACCAUUUGCCCGAUAAACAACAUCCACUUCGGAUCGCUGGAAGUGUGGAACAAGAGAACGCAAAUCCUGCAAUUGAAGAACGUCGGAAGGGCCGUUUUUAGCUACAAUAUUUCUUACAUUUCCAAGCACGGCGAGGAAACUCCUACCAGCCAACGCAAGGACGUGGUGAAGAAACCCAAGAACCUAAAGGAACCGACCAAAUCCAAUUUGAACAAAGAUUCUCUGGAUAUACCGGGCUACACGCUACACCCUUAUCGAGGCGACGUGGAUACCGGCCAAUCCGUCGAAAUCACUCUAGCCUUCCAGCCCACCUACCUGGGGGUGUUCAAGGAGAGCGUCCUGUUGACGGUCUCCGAACCGGCCAAAGAACACGUCGACGGCAAGGAGAUCGAUUUGUACGGCGAGGCGUCGGAGCCUUGGGUGGAUUUCACCACCUACAGCAAGAUGUUCAAGGAGCACCACAUCGUCCAAAAUUUGGAGGACUACGUGGUGCCGGUCGAUAUCGGAUCCCACACGUUUUUAGUCGUGUCGCAGAAGACCUUCUACUUCGGCCACGUUUGCGUCAAGCACGAAUGCCAAGCGAAGAUCUACCUGCAGAACGUCGGGCAAUUGAUAGCGGUGGUCGUUUGCAAGAUCCGCAAUUCGGACAAUUUCACCGUGUCCCCCACGCAAUUCACCAUCGAUCCCUAUCUCACCCAAUUCAUCACCGUCACCUUCAAACCGGACAUCAUCAGCUCCUUCGAAGGCGUGUUGGAAAUUAGUUCGAACGCUGCGACCGACAACACCUUCGAGCUGGCGUUGCGCGGCCAAAGUUGCGUGCCUCAGAUCAAACUGGAAGGUCUACCGGCGCCGCACGGCAACGAGAAUUCGUACAAGGUCUACCUGAGGCCGACCUACGUGAAUCAAAUCGAAACCAAGAAGGUGCGCAUCGUGAACAUCGGCGUGAUCAAGUGCCAGGUGAUCGUCGAUGUCACCGAUAACAACAAUUCCAUAUUCCGCAUAGUGCACAGCGACGAAGAACCGGAUUUCGCCAAGAUCGAUGAAUGGGUGGCGUCGUCUAUUAAAGUGAACAUCAGACCAUCCGAAGCCACGAACGUUUAUAUAGUAUUUAAAGCUGAUAACGAAGUGACUAAACAUACUUACGUUAACCUCUACACGAUCGAUAAUCCGUUCGAAACGUACAAAAUCAGCGUGUUUGGUCAAUGCUACGGCGGCGACAUAUUCAUCGGUACGUUGGAGGCGUUCAAGCCGGCUUCGUUCGAGAAGAAUUCGCUGGAGAAGAAAUCCGUCUCGUACAUUUUGGAUUUGGGCGUGAGCCCGUUGAAAUUGGUGCAGAAGAAACGGUUCACCAUCAGCAAUUACUCGCCCGAUCACACCUACCGCUUCGAAUUCUCGCACGACAUCGGCUCGUUGAAGUUGAUACCGAAAGUGGGCCAUUUGAAGCCAUUCACCACCAAGGAAAUAUUGGCGGUGAACAUGUCGAACGCGCCCAUUAGCGUUAAGGAUACUAUACAAUUCCAAUACAUUCCCAUUACGUACAUGAACGAGGAGCCUUUGAAGCUGUCUUGGGACGAACGCCAGCAGUUGAUGUCUUGGCUGGAGACCGGCCUCGGCGUAUUCGACGACGCCUACGUGCAGGUGUACUUCAAAAAUUGCGUGGAAACCGCCACCGACGCCUUUAUAGCGUCGGAGAAUUGCAAGCGCGACGAGGUCGUCGAACGGUUGAAAUUGUCCAUCGAACGCGAAGAACCCGACGUGAUUUACACAGCUGAAUCGUGCGACGUCAUCGACAUCGUCGUGUCCUUCACCACCGAUUACGCCGUGUACGAAUGCAACUGCAGGAACUUCUACUUUCCCGAUACCUUCAUUCGAGACAAAAAUCACGUUACGAUCAAAGUGAGGAACUCCGGUAACGUUCCUUUGAUGAUCAUCUGGAACGUUGUGCUGCAUUCGGUCAGGACCUCCACGUCGCCGGUCGAGCCAGAGCACAAAGACCAAGAAGACGACGUCAUUUCCACAGUGCCGUCGUUGGAGAGCUGCGUCAGCCGGCCGCCCGAAACGCUGGACGUGCACGCGCGCGUCUUCGCCGUGUCGCCCGCCAAGGCGCUGAUCGACGUCGACGGAACGGGCCGGUUCCGGGCGACGUUCGAGCCGCGCGUCGCCGGCGACUACGUCGUCCGGCUGACGGCCGACGUCGAAUCGCUGCAUCCCGAACUCGCCGAAUUGGACGUGAUGGCGACGGCCAAAAGCCUCGAGCCGGACUACUACUUCGAAAUCGACGAUUCGGAUUACCUCGAACGGCGCACCAUCAACCGAUGCCUGAAGGUGUCCGAUUCCAAUUUGAAGAUUUUGGAAAUACACGCCGUCGGCGUCGGCAUCACCACCGUCAAGGGAUUCUUCGUAUUCAACACGGGCCGUCAACAGUUGAGCUUCAAAUUGGACCCGAUCGAGCGGGACACGUUGUCGUACAUCAGCUGCAAGACGCGCUCGGGCGUGUUGCGCAAGCAGAAGAAGAUGGAGCUGGUGUUCGCGUUCACGUCGCAGGAAUUGGGCACGUUCGAGGAGGAGUACGCGUUCAGGACGGACCGCAGGACGGAGGGCGGACAGGAGGCGGCCGGCGACGAGGACGAAGGCGGCGGCGGCGGCGGCGGCGGCGGCAUCGUCGUCGUCAGCGAGGAGCCGGCGGAGUACUUGGAGACGAGAUUCCUGAUCGUGGGUAUUUGCAGGAAUCCGCGCGUGUACUUUACGCGGGCGCACAUCUACCUGGCGCCGACGCUGCUGAGGAUACCGACGCAGGAGACGUUGCACCUGUGCAAUCACGAGAACGAGGAGUUGGGUUUUAAGAUUUUGAAGCCGAGUUUGUAUUCGUACGAUCACUUGCAGAAGUUGAAGAUCGUGCCGAUCGCCGGGUACAUUCCGGCCAAUGCGGAGGUCACUUUGCAAUUGAUUUAUAACGCUGAAACGGUGGGCGAAUCGACAUUUUCGAUCCAGUGCGUUAUCGAUAGAAUGACAACGCCUUUGACUUUAAAUAUAUCUAGUAAUUGCCUGGAAGUUGAAAGUAAAAUACAAUAUAUCGAUCCCACUGGUGAAGAGGUCACAUUGGAUCCGAACAAUGAUAAUAUAAUCGAUAUAGGAAAGAUCGGAAUUAAGAAUAAAUACGUAAUUAAUUUCAUUUUUACCAAUACCGGUAAGAGCGGAUUUUUCUACAAAUGGAGCUACAAAAUGGAGCACAUGGAGCACCUGAUGAACAUCACGCCGAAGAAAGAUAAGGAAUUUAUAUCGGCGGGGGUUUCGGUCAAAAGAGAAUUGGUCUUUCAGACUUUCAAAAAGUACAAAUUGGUCAAUUUUCCGAUGAAAAUUGAGAUACCUUACGGGCCAGUGUACAAUUUGAAGUUCUUUGUCGUGGCCGAUUUCCCAUCGUGCAAACUGUCUUUUACCAACUACAAUUUCGGCAACUGUCUGAUACAACCGUUCUUCACCAAAUACUAUUCGGUCGAGUUGACUGUGAAAAAUUUCGAACCGAAUCCCGUAAAAUUGGACAAUUUCUUCGAAGAAAACGAACAUUUAACGGUGGAUUUCACGACGGCCAUCAUCCAACCGCAGGACACGAUCACCAUACAGGUCUACUUCCAUCCCCGCAAAGAAGGCCACUACGAUUUCCUGAUACCGUUCUCGUUGAACUGCACCAAGCGACCGAUCAAAAUAACCGGAUGCGGCGUCGCCAUUAAUUUGCAACUGAUGAAUCCCGCCGAUAAAUUCAUCGAUCUAGGCGAGGUUAUUUUAGGAGAAAUGAGAAGCUACUCUCUCUUCGUGGUCAACAGAUCUUCCACGCAACUCGACGCCAAGUUGUUUAUUUCCGACGAUCUCACCACCAGCAAGAAGGAAUACGAGAAGUUGAAACCCGAGAUCACCGUUCCGGACGUUCCCGAGGUCGUCAAAUCCAAGAAAGAGGUCAAAAAGGAAGCCAGCAAAAUGGAGAAGGAGAAGACGAAGAGCGUGUUGAAAUAUCCUUCCGUUGUUCGGCUCAUUUCGGAUGUGGAAACGGAACCGCGCGGGCCGUACUUUUUCAUCAACCCCAAGGAAUCGGUUCGAAUGGAAAUCAACAAAAAGUACCAGUUUACUAUCGAAUUUCGGCCGACCGAACGUUUGGAUAAUUUCUCGCAAAAAGUGUACUAUCAAAUCCAACAGAUGACGGCGCCCUUGUGUUCUGUGAAAGGCAAGUGCUUGAUCAGGGAAUACUCCUUGGACAAGGAAAUAUUGAAUUUCUCCAACGUGCUGAUCGGCGCCACGCGGCUCAAAUACGUUUUGCUCAGAAACACCGGCGAUCUACCCAUCAAGUUCAAGUGGAAGCACGAGCAGCUGGAAUAUUUCAAAGUCCAUCCCGUCGAAGGCUACGUGAAGCCCAAAACCGACGUCAAAAUCGACUUUUCCUUCAAAGUCGAUAAGGUCUUGUUCCAAUUAACCAAAAAGUGCAUCUGUUUGAUAAACAACAAAGACCCAUUGGAAUUGACGUUGGUUUCGAAUUCCGUUAGCCAGCCUCCUCCCAUUUCCACGAUAACCUUCAGCUGCCCCGUCAGGCAAAAGUUGAUCCAGAACGUCGAUAUUCAAAACAAGACAACCACCUUGUGGCAUUUGAAUCCGAUGAUAACGAACAAGAAUUUCAUACUCCCGUCCGAGGUGGUGGUCGAUCCGGAAUCGGUGAGCGCCAUUCCGGUGAUUUACUACCCCAAAACGAGCGGCGACGACGAAGCGAUUUUGAUACUGCCGCUGCCCGACGAAGAGAUCGUCUACAGCUUCAUCGGGAAGCCGCUACCGCCGUUGCCCGAGAAGAGGAUUUACCUGGACGUGCGCUGCAAACAAAACUAUUGCCAGAUAUUACCGGUGUACAAUUGGACGGACUUCAAAAUGUGCUUCAAGGUCGAGAACGUGCUGAAGAGCGUCGUGACCAAGAAGACUCUGUACAAAACGUUCGGUUUGGACAUCGUCGACUUGUUGCCGGGCGAGGUGAAGGAUUACAAAUGGAACAUUUACACCAUCAACGAGGAGAACUUGGAGUUUCACGUGAUUUUUAAAGACAUGCAAACGGAAGAGUACAUGUUUUACGAAAUCGUCGUCAGAGUGAUGCCCUCCGAUCCGAUGGAAGUCGUACAACUCACCACGUGCGUCAGGAAUCCCAUUAAAACGGAAAUCGUAUUGCACAAUCCCAUAAAUUUGCCGGUACUAUUCCACAUCACCACCGCUUGUCCGGAUUUGCACUUCAAAAACACCAUUUCCAUGGAACCCUACACCAAGCAAUCGCUGGCGGUGACUUUCUGUCCGGUGAGGGCGGGCGUGUUUACGACCAGCAUCGAUGCGAGAUGCGAGGAGCUCGGCUCGUUUUCCUACGAGUUCGAUUUGACGGCGAACCAGCCGGAAAUCGAGAAAUGGUUGAAAUUCGUGGUGGAACUCGGCGGCAGGGAAUACGUAACGUCCGACAUCAAGAACGCUUUUAACACCACCAUGGAGGUGCACUUUAAGUGCGAUCAUCCGGAAUUUUGGGUGGAGAAAUAUUCGAAGUUUAUAGCGCCCGGUGAGACGGGAUCGUUUACUGUGAUGUUCGAGCCCAGCAGUAUAGGCGUAUUGGAAAGCGUAUUGACGGUAAAUUCGACGAUAUCCGGACCUUACUUAUACAAAUUAUACGGCGAAUGUAUCCAUCCGACGCCCAAAGGACCCUUCAUGAUAACGAUGGACGGUUACGCCCAGGUGCCGUUUUUCAACCCCUUCAACGAAACGAUGACGUUCUCGUACAGCUUGGACACGAAAACGUUCGAAUUGAAGACGUUCACCGAGGAAAUCAAGCCGAAGAAAUCGACCAAAAUCAUCGUAACCUAUCCGGAAUACCUGAAGAAGACCGUCGACAAUCCGGCCCCCGCUUGCGUACAAACCGGCAGAUUGUUGGUAACCUGCGGAGACGUCAAAUGGCCGUUUUACAUACAAACCGAAUGUUAA